AACCAUUCAUGGGUUCUCCACCCGUUACCUUCGUCUCCAAACUUCUGCCAUCAUAAAAAAACCCAAAGUUGGUGCGAUCGUGUGAUCUGUAAUUUAAAAUCGCGUCGUAACGAAUUUGCUCUAUACUAUUGGCAUUGAUCUUCCAGUAAAUUGUACUUAUUCAUUGACCAAUGGCGGGAGCCGUUUCCGCGCUUUUAAUUCUCGAUAUAAAGGGACGUUGCUUGCUCAGUCGUCACUAUCGCGGUGACAUUUCAUCUGUUGAAGCGGAGAGGUUCUUCACCAAACUCCUUGAGAUUGAGGAGGACAUAGAGUCUCAAGGUCCAGUAGUGUUUGACAGCGGUGUCUCUCAUAUAUUUAUUCAACACAACAAUGUCUACUUAAUGGCUGUAUCCAGACAAAACUGUAAUGUUGCUAGCCUCAUUGUAUUUCUCCACCGGUUAGCUAGUGUUUUUGAGUAUUAUUUUGGAGAGUUAGAAGAGGAAUCUCUUAGAGAUAAUUUUGUUGUAGUGUAUGAAUUAUUGGAUGAAAUGAUGGACUUUGGAUACCCACAAUAUACAGAAGCAAUGAUUCUAAGUGAAUUCAUCAAGACUGAUGCUUAUAAGUUGGAAGUUACACAAAGGCCUCCAAUGGCUGUUACUAAUGCAGUCUCUUGGCGAAAUGAAGGAAUAUACUACAAAAAGAAUGAAGUGUUCCUGGAUGUGAUUGAAAAUGAGAGCAUGUGUAAGUGGAAUGCCUGA